CCGUUGUGUUUCGGAGAACCCAAAGCUAGCUUAGCCUGCUAACGCGAAGGAACCAGCCAAGCUAUUCUUGUUGUGAGCUGACCACUUCGCUGCCAAGAAUGGCCGUGUUUUUUUGGCUGCCGUGCGAAACGCUAGCUACGCGCACACUUAGUGGCAACAUUAACUAAUGCAAACAAGUUAGACGUUUUGUCUCUGAGUCAUGGCAGACAGGAGAGCGGAGAAGUCAUGUGAAGAAGCCAGCAAAUCGUUAGCCAGGCGGGAGUACGAGGCGGCAGUCACCCACAGCACAGAUGCCCUGGUGGUUCUUGCGCCCAGAACCUCAUCCUCAGGUGGCCAUGUCCUGUCGAGCCCUCCAACGGUUGUGCCAGUCGCCCCCCUCCGCAGCCGUGCCCUGCUUUACCGAAUUGCUGCCUUCCUACAGCUGAAAAACUAUGAUGAAGCAAAUGAAGACUGCAAAAAUGUUCUGGCAGAAGAAAUUGCUCGGGGGGAUGGUUCUCUACGGGCCAGCUUACGUUCAAUGUUGCUGGACGGCAGCCUGGAGGAGGUGGCAAUCAUUCUAUCUAAAGCCUUGUAUGGAGAGCCAAUGAAUGGCAUCGUUACAAAGGACCUGACCAGAUUAAAAAUGCUUUUCUCCGAAAUAGAGGCUGUAAAAAGGGAGAUGGCUCCAGAAUACACAGAUGACCAGGACGAAGAAGUCCAGGACGGCUGGCAGUUCCGGCCCCCUCCCCGAGGAGUCACCAGCAGUGAGGAGUACACGCUCUGUAAAAGGUUCUUGGAGCAGGGUUUGUGUCGAUAUGGGGCCCAGUGUACGUCGGCUCACUCGCAGGAGGAGUUGAUGGAGUGGCAGAAACGUUACGCCUCGCGACUCAUUCGCCUCAAACAGCAGCAGGAGAGCAAACACUUUACUGAAAACUACAUGGAAACCCUAAUAGAAAAGUGGAUGAACUCUCUUUCCCCUGAGAAAGUGCUAAGUGACAGUUUAGAGGGCGUGGCUGUAGAGACCAGCUCCAGCCUUUCUGUUACCGUCAACACCAAAAAAUCCUCGCACUCCUGGAUCUUUUCUUUGUUGUGCAAGCCGGCUAGAAAGCUGUUCCGCAUUGCUCUGCUGUACGAUGCCCAUCGACCACACUUCUUCAUCACAGGCGUGUCAGCUGGGGAUCGCCUCCAUCCUGUUCCCAAUGGGUGCCAAGAAUGGACACCAGGGGAGGAAACUGUGGCAACAGACAAUGGUCUUGAUCACUGCGUCUACAAAAUAGCAGUGGGCUUCAGCACAGAGAUCUUUGGUACCUUCAGACAGACCAUCGUUUUUGACUUCGGCUCAGAGCCUGUGCUGAUGCAGCGGAUCAUGGUGGAUGCUGCCUCCAUUGAAGACCUGGAACACUUAUUGGCAGCUAGGCAGCAGCUCUUGAUGACUGCAAAGCGCUGGGACUCGUCAUGUAAAACCAUUGUAGAAUUCAGCCCCAAUGAGACUAUGGCUGAUCUGGAGCGUAGCCUCCUGUCCCGCUACCAGAUCCCUCUGUCAGCUGAUCAGCUCUUCACCCAGUCCGUCCUGGACAAGACUCUGACCAAAGACAACUACCAGGCACGACUGCAUGACCUGCUCUACAUAGAGGAGAUUGCUCAGUAUAAGGAAGUCAGCAAGUUUAACAUCAAGGUGAACAUGCAGCUGGUCACUAGCUUCAUGCUAACUGGCAUUUCUGUGGGAGCCAAGUACGCUCAGAAUGGGCAGCUUUUUGCACGCUUCAAACUCACUGAAACACUUUCUGAGGACACGCUGGCUGGACGACUAGUAAUGACCAAGGUGAAUUCAGUUCUGCUGCUGCCUUUGGGCCGGGCGGGUGUCAGCAGCCAGCCUCCCUCUGGAGGUAAAGAGCGUGUUUAUGAGGCUGUGAUCGAGGAAAAAACCAAGGAUUACAUCUUCCUGAGGAUCUGCAAGGAUUGCUGUGAGGAGUUGUGUCUUCAGCCUGACAGAGAAAUGCAGGUGGAGCUACAGUUUCAGCUCAACCGACUGCCACUGUGUGAGAUGCACUAUGCUCUGGAUCGCAUCAAAGAUAACUGCAUCCUUUUUCCUGAUGCUAGUCAGAUCCCCACCAUCCCCUGGAGCCCGAACAGGCAGUGGGAUGAGCAGCUGGAUCCCCGUCUAAAUGCCAAGCAGAAAGAAGCCGUCCUGGCCAUCACCACACCAGUUUCUGUCCACCUGCCCCCAAUCCUCCUCAUUGGGCCCUACGGUACCGGCAAGACUUUCACCCUGGCACAGGCUGUCAAGCACAUUCUUCGACAGGACAACAGCAGGGUUCUGAUCUGCACUCAUUCCAACAGUGCGGCUGACCUGUACAUUAAAGAUUAUCUUCAUCCAUAUGUUGAAGCAGGCAAUGAGCAUGCCAAACCUCUCAGGGUAUACUUCAGGAACCGAUGGGUGAAGACUGUCCAUCCGGUGGUCCAGCAGUACUGUCUCAUCUCCAGCACACACAUCACUUUCCAGAUGCCCACAAGGGAGGACAUUCUCAGGCACCGUGUUAUUGUGGUCACCCUCAGCACCUCCCAGUACCUCUGCCAGCUUGACCUGGAACCCGGGUUGUUUACUCACAUCCUGUUGGAUGAAGCAGCCCAGGCCAUGGAGUGUGAAACCAUCAUGCCUUUUGCUCUAGCUAGCAAGACCACCCGCAUAGUGCUGGCUGGGGACCACAUGCAGCUGAGUCCAUUUGUGUACAGCGAGUUUGCUCGGGAGCGUAACCUGCACGUGUCCCUGUUGGACCGGCUGUAUGAGCACUACCCCUCUGAAUUCCCCUGUCGCAUCCUUCUGUGUGAGAACUACCGCUCCCAUGAAGCUAUCAUCAACUACACAUCAGAGUUGUUUUAUGAUGGGAAGCUCAUGGCCAGUGGGAAGCAGCCCUCCCAUAAGGAUUUCUACCCUCUGACGUUCUUCACAGCCAGAGGAGAAGAUGUCCAGGAGAAGAAUAGCACUGCCUACUAUAACAAUGCUGAGGUGUUUGAGAUUGUGGAGAGGGUGGAAGAAUUGCGUAAGAAGUGGCCAGUGGCGUGGGGUAAGCUGGACGAGGGAAGCAUCGGAGUGGUGUCGCCGUACGCUGAUCAAGUUUUCCGCAUUCGUGCUGAGCUUCGAAAGAAAAGAAUGCCAGAGGUCAGCGUUGAAAGAGUGCUUAAUGUCCAAGGCAAACAGUUCCGGGUGUUGUUUCUCAGCACGGUGCGAACACGCCACACCUGCAAACACAAGCAGACUGCUAUCAAGCGCAAAGAGCAGCUUGUCGAGGACUCGACUGAGGACCUGGACUACGGUUUCCUGUCAAACUACAAGCUGCUCAACACAGCCAUCACUCGAGCUCAGUCACUGGUGGCAGUUGUAGGAGACCCAAUAGCAUUGUGCUCAGUUGGACGCUGCAGGAAAUUCUGGGAGCACUUUAUUUCCAUUUGCCAUGAAAACUCGAGCCUACAUGGCAUCACCUUUGAGCAGAUCAAAGCUCAGCUGGAGGCUCUGGAGCUCAAGAAAACUUACGUUCUCAACCCAUUGGCCCCGGAGUUCGUCCCGCGUGCGCUCAGGCCUCUGCAAGGACACCAUUCGUCUUCGCAGGCCCUCCAUCCGCAUCAUCACCCUCAUCCGCAGCAUGUACAGCCUGUCUCUAACAAGCAGGGUCCACAGCAGCAGUCUCCUCCCAAGGGGAAACAUGCAAACCACACAGAGCACCUCCCACCUGAAGGAUAUGUUCAGUCAAACCCUGCUGUGAUGAUGGGAAACCCUAUUCAGAGGUUCACCCCACCUUUGGGUGGCGCACCAGCUGGCAUGGGAAAGUCACCCAGUCCUGUUCAGAGGAUCGAUCCUCAUACAGGAACUAGUAUUCUCUAUGUUCCAGCUGUUUAUAGAGGGAACAUGGUCAUGUCCAUGCCUCUACCAUUGCCCUGGCCAAGUUACCAGAACCGCUUUGCAGUGGAUCCUCGGAUCAUGAGCCACCAAGCAGCUGUGGCCUACAACUUAAAUCUGUUACAGCCACAGAACCGAGGCUCCCCUGUUCCCUACAGUGCAGUGGGUCACCCCUCUCCUCUAGGAAUGGGUCAGCCCAGCCCAGAGAAGGAGCUACAGGCUGAUCCCAUCAGAAAUGGUAAAGUAGAAGCAUGUCCAAAGUCAGAACAAAACCGUCUACAAACCCCAGAAAGGAAAAACACAGACAUAAGGGAAAAACAGGCGGAUGUAGACACAGGCCAAAUUCGAGGUUUAGAUCCACAGACAGAAGGGUUAGUUGGAUUUCCCAACGCUCUGCUACAUCGAAAAGACCCUCCAGCUGCACAAAGAUCCCUCAACUACCACCUGGCACCACCCAAUCCCGCUUUUCCUUCACAUCCUGCCAGUGGAAGAACCUUCCCUCAACAGUAUCCAGUGUCUAGACUUCCUUAUCGGGUCAACCAGCCUCAACAUCCAGGAAUUACCCAACCGAAUCAACAGCAACAGCUCAGCCCUGCCUUCAGUGGUGGAAACCAUGCUUCCUUCUUCAGUGGCUCCAUACCGCCUCAUAGAUCUGUCCAAUCACCCACUGUGGAUGGGACAGAGUCUGCUGGGGUAGAGGAGAUGAACAGCUCCAUUAGGACUCAAAUUGGCCAUGCAGGGGGCCACCACUCAGGCCUUCCACAGCAGCCUCAAAGAGUCAACAACUUUGGGGAAGAUGGACAAGAUGGAGACAGUUUGGAUCUCCAGAGUCCCAUGGCUCUAGAAGCCCUGAGCCAUCAGCAGCAGCAGCAGCAGCAACAACAAGCAGCCAGACUAGGUCAGUGGGGGGAAGCAGCACGCCCGUUCCUUCAGGGUAAUGUUGCCUUUCCUCUGCCCCAACAGCUCGCCCACCUCGCACAAUCUGGCAUGGCUCGAUUUCCCCCUCAACUGCUUCGAGCAGCUACCUGGGGGCACAGUGCCAAUAUGGAUGAUGAAGCUGCUCCGACUGCGUCUACAGGGCCAAAUUUCAACAGGUACCCAGGCCUUUUGAGAGAAAUACCACCACAGGAUCAGCAGGAACCUAGAGAUGCAGCAGAGGUGCAACCUCCACCCCAAUCUCGUCUCCUCCAGUAUCGACAGUCCCAGCCCCGUGCCUCGGAUGACUCUUCAUCCUCCUUAACUGCAAUUUCCAAUCACACUGGCCCUUUCCCUUCAGGACUGUACUCCCACGACACGGGUCACAAUCUCCUCAACGACAACCUUCUCAACAAUCAAGCGCUGCAGCAACAACACCCGGGUAACGCUGUAUACAAUACAGCUAGUUACCCAAAUCAGCCACCAGCUCACUCUGGCAGCCCCCCAUCUUCCCAGGUCAAAUACCUUUUGCAAGAGGCCCAGUGGUCCCAAAGCGGAAGUGCAUCUGCGUCUCAGCCAAACCACCUAUUAGGGAACCAGGGUCACGGCCUUCUUUAUGGACUGCCUAUCAUGGCUCACUCAAGCAGGCAGGAGCAAGUGCUGAUGCAGCUUCACCACCACCACCACCAGCAGCAGCAGCAACAACAACAACAUCAACAACAGCAACAACAACAACAGCAGCAGCAACAGCUCCAACAACAACAGCAACACCAACAACAGCAGCAACACCAACAAAAUCAAGGUCCAGAUCCGGAGUCCUACCACCCACUGUCCCCUAGAUCAUCAGCAACCACAGCCCUUCACAGUGUAGAUGAGUAUGAACCCAGAGGUCCAGGUCGGCCUCUUUAUCAGCGCCGCAUCUCCUCCAGCUACCCUGAUGAGUCGUCUCCAGCCAAUGCCCAUCCCUGCCAACCAGACCCCAAGGAUCAUCCUCAAAUGCAGAAUCACCCCCCCUACAGUUAUCCUCCACAUGACCACCUCUGGCCCAGUAAUGGUGGAGGUCCCGGUCCAUUUCAAAACAUUCCAUGCAACGGAUCCAGCACACUAGCUCAACAUCGGGACCUUCUGGCUUCCAAGGUCCUUCGUCAGACAGAGGAGCAGGUAAAGGCUGAGCCCACGACCGCACAGUCUGCACAUCCACACAGCAUCAACUCCCUUCAGCACCAGUUCCCCCCACUUAUGUCAAAUAAAAAACAACAGCAGCAGCAACAGCAGCUGCCACCACAGGCUACAACAGAUCCCACCCAGGGGGCUCCAAACCUAACCAAGCCACCCACCAUGUCAUACGCAAGCGCUCUUCGCGCUCCUCCAAAACCCCGAGCUGUUCGGCCUGAACAAGUCAAAAAGAAUAGCGACCCCCUGUCUCUCCUGCAAGAUCUAAGUAUAGGAAGUUCAAACGGUAGCAAUGGGUACUAUUCCUAUUUUAAUUGAGCGUUAACCUUUCACAGUAGUAGGUGAUUAAAAAAAUAUAUAAAUAUAUAUAUAAAAAAGCAAAAAAAAAAA